GGGGCCACCCCACAGGACGGCUGCCACAACCACAUCCGUGUGCUGCUGCCCCGUGAUGCCCGGACCCUUUUUGUCUGUGGGACCAACGCCUUCAGCCCCGUGUGCCGCACCUACCAGGCGCUGACCCUACAGCAGGAGGGUGAGGAGCUGCCUGGACAGGCUCGCUGCCCCUUUGAUGCACGGCAGAGCAUCGCAGCCACUUUUGCUGAUGACCGUCUGUACUCUGCUACUGUGGCGGACUUCCAGGCAAGCGAUGCUGUCAUCUAUCGCAGCAUGCGCGGCCCGGCGCUGCGCAGCAUCAAGUACAGCUCCCGCUGGUUGAGGGAGCCGCACUUCGUCCACGCGAUGCCCCACGGAGCACACGUCUAUUUCUUCUUCCGGGAGAUGGCGGCGGAGCUGGGGCUGCCAGGGAAGGUACCGGUAUCCCGCGUGGGCCGCGUGUGCCGCAAUGACGCCGGUGGCUCCCCGCGGGUCCUGGAGCGGCGCUGGACGUCGUUCCUGAAGAAGCGGCUGCAGUGCGCCGUGCCCGGGGAUGUCCCCUUCCAUUUCGAUGUCCUCGAGGCCGUCACUGCGCCCCACACUCUGCACGGGCGGCCCGCGGUGCUGGCAGUGUUUGGGACACAGCGCAACAGCAUCCCGGGUUCGGCCAUCUGCGCCUUCUACCUGGCGGAUGUGGAACGCGCCUUUGAGGGACCCUUCGCUGACCCCCGCGGAGCUGCGGCCCCAUGGCCCCCAGUGCCAGAGGAGCGCGUGCCCCGGCCCAGACCCGGUUGCUGUGCAGGGAUGGGGUCGGCCGCUGCCGUUGUCACCUCUGGGGACAUUCCAGAUGAGACGCUGUCCUUUGCCAAAGAGCACCCAUUGCUGCACGGGGCGGUGGCACCCGCCGGGGGACGGCCGCUCUUCACCCAAACCGGCACCAGGCUGACACAGCUGGCGGUGGAUGUGGGUGUGGGGCCGCGGGGGAACCACACGGUGCUGUUUGUGGGGUCGGAGGACGGGCGGGUGCUGAAGGUGCUGACGGCCGCACGACGCCCCGGGGACAACGGGCAGCACGGUGACACAGCGGGACAUGGGGAUGAAAACGGGGACAACAACGGGGAUGGUGGCACUGAGGCGGUGCUGCUGGAGGAGAUCAGGCUGUAUGAGGCCGGGAGGUGCCGGGGGCCACGUGGUGCCAGCCGGGUGUUGGGGUUGGAGCUGCACCCCGAAGGCCGAGAGCUCUUCGUCGCCUUCUCAGGGUGCAUCGUGCGACUGCCCCUGAGCCGCUGCGCCCGGCACGGGCAGUGCCGCCGGAGCUGCCUGGCGGCGCGGGACCCCUACUGCGUCUGGCUGCCUCCUGGGGGCUGUGUCCCCUUCUCUGAGGACCUCCCGGACGGCUUUGAGCAGGAUGUGGAGGGGUCCAGCGGGCUGACGGGGACCUGCCCAGGUGCAGCAUCUGCAGGGGACAGGGAUGGGGACAACGGAGACGUGGCCCAUGGGGUCCGCGGAGCGGUGCCAGAGGCGGUGGUGCCGGUAUCGGUGCUGGUGGGCUGCGUGCUGGGCGCCUUCGUACUGGGAGCACUGCUAGCAGGACUGGGAGCUGCUUGCACCCGCCGACCAGCAGCACCCAAAGGUGCCCCCGAACCCCCCAGCCCACGCCCUCCGCCCGCCCCACGCCUCUACCCCCCACUGCCCCCCCACGACGGGGCCUGGGACCCCCACCCCGAGCAGCCCAGCCCGGAGCCCAGCCCAGAGCCCCCCACCAGGACACCCCACGGGCUCAGCGCCCCGCAGCCCCCCGGCCCAGGACCCCCGCUCAGAGCCACCCCGGAAGUCUCAGGAGCUGUAGGGUGGUCGCUGCCCCCCCCUGCCCCUAUGGCCAACCGGGUGCAGCCGGGUUCUGCCCCGUUGGCCCCAUGGGACGGAGCCCCCAGGCGCCUCGACGUGCCCCCCGACAGCCCCCCCCCACCCCGUCGGCCACUGGCACAGAGACACUCCUUGGGGGGGGCAGGGGGGGCAGUGAGACCACCCGGUGCAGCACGCGGCCUCACCCGCAUGUACUCACUGGGGGCUCCGGGGGGGGCCCCACCGUGGGGUCCCCACGCCAUUCCCCUGCAGCGCUCGCUUUCAAUGAAGCCCCCCCUGCCACCCAAACCCCCCCCCGUGCCCUGAGCCCGUGCAGGGUCCCCUGUGCUGCAGGGGCACAAAGGGCACUGUAUCCCCUCUCCCACCACCCCCAGGUGACAAGUGUCCCUACAGCCCCCCCACUACUGAGGUCCCUCAUGUCCCCACAUCCCCAUUUUUCAUUUUUUUUCCCCUCUAAUUUAUUCAGCGCUGUGGGACCCCCCCCGGGGGGGCGGGGCUGUGCCCCAGGGCUGGGCUUGUCCUACCGUGUAGGGCAAUUAAAACCGUAUCGGGCAAUUAAAGAGACAAUCAGUGCAUUCUGCUGCCGGUGUGGCUCCGUUGGGGUGUGAAGAUGGGGGGCAGGGGCUGGCUGUGCUCCCGGGGGGGGGCGGAGGGCACGGAGGUUGGGGCAGAAGAGAGAGCUGCUGCUGGUGGGAGGCUACAAAACAGUCCAAAAAUGCUUCAAUGUUGAGAUCUCCGCGUUUCCAAAUAUGCAGAGUGGGAGCUGCCCCCCCCGGGGGGGCUGCACAGAUGUACAGAGGGCAGGGGGGGCACGACCCCCAUCCCCUCUAAGCAGGGGGGGGGCCAGGCCCCGUGCCUGGCACAGAGCAACACUGGUCCUGUAAGGGCAGAUUAAAGCAGUAAUGCGAUUUGCAGGAGGUGACUGGGGGGGGGGGAGGCAGGGAGAUUGCCCCUCACCCCACUGCCAGUGUGGGGUUCGUUAAUUCAGCCCUAACGAAGCCCCAGAACCGUGUGUUACCCACAGGGGGACAGCAGUCAAACCCUGAACUGUGUGUCAAAGCAGAGGAUCUCCUCUGCCACCACCUACAGAACUGGGACCAAAGGACAGAACCAACCCACAGACUGCAAAGAGUAAAAAAAAAAAAAAAAA